UACCAAAAAAAAAAAAAAAAAAUCUGCAAGUCUUUCUUUGUUUUCUCUAGUUAGAGAACGUUUAUAUUUUUUUUGCUCUGCUUUUCCAUUUUUCUUUUCUAUAUUUCUCCAAGCAAGAACUAUACAAUGGAAGACGACGCCAUUCUCUCCGGAAACAUAGAAAUGCCUGAUCCUUUGUCUUGGAUGCUACCUAGUCCUGAAACACCACCACCAUCACCUUCCUUACCACCACUACCGCCACCGCCACCUUCCUCACCACCACCACCUUCCUCACCACCACCACCAGCAUCACCACCUUCGUUAUUACCACCACCACCACCACCACCACCACCCCACCAAGUGUCCCAGGGGACUCGUCGCAGACGUGCAUCAUCUAGAAUGAUGAGCAAGCAAGACGUAAAAAUUUACGUGUACAGUUCAACUGAGUGGCGUGUCGAUGAGAAGACUCGUGCACAGGGAAAAUAUAAGGGUAGAAGAGAAACCUUCUACUACAACUACACAAUUCAGAAACAGUUCCGUUCCCUGGAAGAAGUUGCUGAAUAUAUUGAAACAGGGUCAAUUCCAAAUUGUCAGACGAAAAAAGUGAGGCAGGCCCGGCCAGCUUCAUGAAGAAGAAGUGUCUUUCUAUUUAUUAGAACUAUUAAUUAAGCUUAUGUUUUUUCGUUCUAUUUCCUCUAUGUGGCAAUCUAAGCCCUAGGAUUAGAGGGAAUGGUUGAGAUCAUCUUGAUGCUUUCAAGGAUUGUAAGGCUAUAAAAAUGGUGUGAAUUCUCAUUGUAAAAAAUUAAAUUUGAUGAGUGAAAUUGAGUUGCUCUAUAGAGUACUUAUGAGAACCAA